CGCACCCAUAACAUAAAAAAAAGUUCAAAUGUUUGUGUCCUAGAAUCUAGCCAAACCCAGACAGGAAGUAGACUGGCGUCCCAUUGAUUCCCCCAUUUUCUUGACUCUUCCAACUCUAAUUGAUUCCAAUGGCUGGGUACAGAGCUCAAGAUGAGUAUGACUACCUGUUCAAGCUGGUGCUGAUCGGAGAUUCUGGGGUGGGCAAAUCCAACCUCCUCUCCAGGUUCACCAGGAACGAGUUCAAUCUGGAGUCCAAAUCCACCAUCGGUGUUGAGUUUGCCACCAAGAGCCUCACCGUCGAUGGCAAAGUCAUCAAAGCUCAGAUUUGGGACACUGCUGGGCAGGAAAGGUACCGUGCGAUAACCAGCGCUUACUACAGAGGAGCAGUAGGGGCUUUGCUUGUGUAUGAUGUUACAAGGCACACCACAUUUGAGAAUGUGAGCAGGUGGUUGAAGGAGCUAAGAGACCACACAGAUCCCAACAUUGUGGUGAUGCUCAUCGGCAACAAAUCAGACCUCAGACAUCUAGUGGCCGUCCCGACACAGGAAGGCACGGAAUUCUCAGAAAAGGAGUCUCUCUACUUCAUGGAAACCUCUGCACUGGAGUCGACGAAUGUGGAGAGUGCCUUCACUGAAGUGCUCACUCAGAUCUAUCACAUUGUGAGCAAGAAGGCCAUUGAGACUGGCGAUGCUGGUGGGUCCACUAUAUCCGUUCCUCCGAGAGGAGAGAGUAUUAAUGUGAAGGAGCAAGGAGGGAAACAAGGUGGGUGCUGUUCUGGCUAGGGCAGUCGCGUUCUUGGGAAGCUAUAUAUACGUGUGAUCUGAUGGAUCUGUAAGCAGAUUUGGAAACAAUUUUUAAACAUUUUCAUCUAUAUUGCAAACCCAUUAUUCCCUCCCAAUUGAAUGAGCAAUGCCUUGCAAAAAACUCCAGGGGAUAAAUGGACUUUUUACUUGAAAAAGAUAGAUGUAUGGCUUUAUAAUCCUAGCUGAUUUUGAGCAAGGUAAGUCUAUGGCAAAAGAAUAGAGUAUCCUAUAUGCAGUUACCUGAGAGACUUCAUUAGUUUGAUUUUAUAUUAUUAAAAUAUUUGUUUAGCAGAGUAAGUUAGGGUCAUUUGUUUAUUGAGUCAAAAGUUUUAUAUAAAUAUGUUUAGUUAAUGUGUGUAAGUGGAAAAAAAUUCUAGAAAGAGUUUAAUGAAUAAAAGGUCUUUUC